AUGCGACGCCAGAUUCUCCUCGUGUUGGACGCGACCGAGGCCAUGGCACCGCACCUGCGCUCGCUCCUCGACGACACUGUUUGGCCACUCCUCGAGCGCUGGCUCGGCGAGGCCCGGACGAGCACCGAGGCGGCCCUCCUCACGGUGCGGGACGAGAGCACCGGCUGGGGCGCCAUCUCUCCCUUCACAACCUCGCCGGCGACGCUCCGCCGCUGGCUCGACGCAGUGCCGCUGCACGGCGGGCUGGACCCGCCCGAGCUUCUGUGCGCGCUGACGCUGGUGGCGAGUGCGGUGCCGUGGACAGCGGCGCGCGAAUGCCGGCACGUGCUGCUACUGACCGCCUCGGUGCCUCUUCCGCUGCCGACAUGCACCGAUCCAGAAGCGCACCCGUUUGCGCCUGUGCCGGAAGCCCUCGCCGCGAGCGGCCUCUCCCUGUCAGUCAUCUCGCCCGUCGCCGCCGUGAACCUCGCAGCUCUCCACUCGUCCUGCGCGCGGCCAGCACCACCACGCGCGCCCGCUCCCGUUGCAAUUUCCAGCGACGGCCCGCCGAGCCAGAGCCCUCGCUCCGCCAGCCCGGCGGGCGGGAUGACCAAGCUGUGGGAGGGCGCCCUGCUGCUCUCCCGGCCGGAGGGCGGCGCGGACGAGGUGGGCGCCCUCAAGAUGGGGAUCAAGAGCGACGAUCCGCUCCGUGAGCGGUGGCGGACCGCCGCGCGUGGCUGGCCUCGCGCCCUCACAAUCUCGGACAAGCGCGCAGUCGAGGCGGCGCCGCCGCAGGGCGACAGCCGAACGACCGUCCGCUUCGUCGUGUGGCACGACGAGAAGCGCGCUGCAGCGGCGCUGCUCGCCAAGUUGCUGAGCAGCCAGGCGCGCCUCGCUGGCGAGUUUGGAGCCGCCCAGGUCUUUAUCGACACGGACCCUUCCCAGGCCAGCCGAAAGCAGUGCCACUUGUGCGGUUGGCUGACGAGCGCGUGA